UUGCUUAGAUAUGUAUAUUUUCUCCGGUUCUCCUCUGCAUCGGAUCAUCGACCAUUACUGCUAUUCAUGCCUUCCGACUUGACUUUUAGUCUAGAGCGUGUCUGUUUGAGAAUCCAUGGAUUCUACCGUCAACUUUCGAAACCGACUCAAACUCGAAAAUGGAGCUUUCUACAAGAGCUAUAGGUGAAGUUGUUCACCCAACCGCAGCUUUCUACCUUCCACCUUCCGAGAGCAGAGAAUCAUUCACGCCUUUCACUUCCGAACGGACCCCCGGAUCUUCCUGGGAAAAUUCAUUCAUGAAUCCUAAGAAUCGGAUAGAUAGCCUUGAGCUACCUCAGAAUCCUCUUUGGCGAGUCGACGGGUGUGCUGGCUUAGGCACCCAGUACUACGUCAUUCCGCUAUUUUUUCGACGAAUUCCUCCCAUACGAAUGGAUGUCUUCGUUUCUGACUUCCAACCGUCUUUCAUCCGCGAACAACUCGAACUUGACAGAGCAUUUCAUACCAAGGACUCAGCCCGUCUACCCAGACUCGCCAUCGCAAAGCAUAUUGUUCGAAUCCUGCAAUGUUGGACUACGACUGAGUUUCGAGAUCUAGAAUCCUUUGAAAUUUUCUAUAAGAGCGUUCCCUUCGGAUCACGUCUGGUCUUGGAGGGUAUGUCACUUGAUACUAGCCAAGUUCGAGUUAGAGUCGGCCUCAACCACAACCUAGAACGCAGACUACUACCACUUUCGAGGCUGGCACAUCUCUGGGGGUCGAAUUUUCCCUUCCCACAAGUCAUUGAUUUCUUCGAUCUUCAUGUUGUUAGCGUUCUACAUGACAGUGUAUGUCUUGUCAAAUUUCGCGAGCAGCUCUGCAUCUUCAAAGCAUUGACUAGCGGGGCAAAAUACCUCUACCAUGAACUGAAAACGCUCUGCACAAUCGAGCCACACGCCAACAUUAUUCAACGGCCAAUGCAUAUCGUCACCAAGAGAUGCAAUUUCGGCACGAAGAGGGCUGUCGCCGGAUUCACUACGUUUUACCACUUAAAGGGCACCCUUCGCGACAUCCUACCCCACCUACGCGCUCACGACAAAUUGCGACGUGUCGAUCAAUUGAAAUGGUCAGUGCAGUUGACCAACGCCCUUGAACACCUGAAAACUCGCUCGGGGACCUACUACCCCGACUUACGCUUGGAUAAUAUCGUCCUAUCGGAGAAUUCUGACGUUAUCAUGGUUGAUUUCGAGCAGAGGGGUGUCUGGUGCGAGUUUGCUGCCCCAGAGGUCAAUGCUAUUGAAUACAUUCGUCUAAUUGCAACCGAUGAGUGUGUCCCUGACUCUAUCAGUGAGAAGUAUCGAAAGAUCUUGCAUGAUCUAGUGCCAGGUUUCGAGACACUGGAGGACGAGAGAUAUACGAACCCAGAACAUGGAUUCAACCUACCUUGGAUUGCGCUCAGCGCAGUAGAGCAAGAAGCCGCGGAGGUGUACAUGCUCGGUAGGGUGUUAUGGUGCAUCUUCGAAGGAGUCAGCGGACCUCAGAAAGCGGCAGUCUGGCAAUCAUAUCGAUGGGAGCCAGACCUUGAGUUCCCCGAGUAUAGGAGGACACCACCUGCAAUGAGGGCCCUGAUAGACAAGUGCACAAGGGGGAGGAGAGGGACGCUGAGCAACAUCGUUAUAAGACGACAUAGCCAUCUCCUUCUAACUCACAAGGCCGCUGACGAGCAAAACGCCCUCGAAGUCAAAGAAACUGCGAAGCGCUUCUGGUAUGCUGAGAUCCAGGAAGCAGAGGAGUUCCUAGAGCUUAGGGAAUCCCGGCGCCGCAAGGGAGACUGGAACGAUAACUACUACGAGCGUCCUACCUUGAGGCAGGUCUUGAAGGCUCUAUAUACAUUCCAGAAAGAAGCCUCUUAAGUCCUCGCGAUCACUGUAGGAAGAUGCUAGAGGCCUGGGAUGACGCUUCAACACGAGCAGGCCGAUCCGACUUCCCCCUUGGCAAAUACAGGACAAGACAAGACACGACACUACGAAAUCAUCGCAGCCAUGCUAUCAAGUGCCAUGCCGUACCUAAAGCAAGACGCCGGGAGUCGCGCUUCGUUGGCGCUUCUAGAAAUAGAAGUACGGCAUUCCUCAAGCCCUUGUCGCUUGAUCUGAAUGAAACACGCGUGGAAGUCGUUAGUAGCAAUAAGCUCCUAAGUAUGAAGACGAACCUAUGGGAGCUCUAAAGAAUCAGAGCUCGAUUCCAAUCAUUUUGUUUUGAGCCGCAUGGCUGGAUAGGCUGAGUAUGGUAUCGAGGUGACUGGGUUGUCUAAGACAUCCCUAGGGUUGGUAGUAUAUUCACGAAGGUCGAAUACUAUACUCAGUAUUACGCAGUCAAUCAAUGCAACCG